AUGGUGGCUUCGCCAGCGCACACCUCCUCCUGUGGCCCGGGAACCUCAUGCCAUCGAUCGAGGUUUCUCCAGGCUUCCCCCUCUUCUCUAAAUCCACUCCCACCAGGUGUGGGAGAUGGUGGGUCGCGACAAGCCUGCACCCGACAAGCCCUUGUCUUCUUCCAAGCCCUCCUCCGCGCCCUCCGCCGCCUCCGCUGCUGCAGUGGGCGCCGCAGGUGCGGGGGCUGUCCCGUCCGUGAUGGGGUGGCUCAUGCACCCACUGCCUGCCUGCUGCUGACAAGCGCGUGCAUCAGCACGGUGCGUGCAAGCAUGGGGACGGGGUGGCAGUGGGGUGGGGGGGGAGGGGGGUGGAGUGGGUUGGGAGUGGGAUGGGAGUUGGGUGGGAGUGGGUUGGGUGUUGGGUGGGAGUGGGUUGGGUGUUGGGUGGGAGUGGGUUGGGUGUUGGGUGGGAGUGGGUUGGGUGUUGGGUGGGAGUGGGUUGGGUGUUGGGUGGGAGUGGGUUGGGUGUUGGGUGGGAGUGGGUUGGGUGUUGGGUUGGAAAGGGAUGGGUGGCAUGGAAUGUUGGUAGUGUGCAUGGGUCGGGCCCGCCUGUGUCGAGCACGUGCAGCAGGUGCAAUGCGGGGGCGUUGCUUCCCUAUCCUGCCGCCCCCUGCCCCACCUGCGGCGCUGCCCCAGGUCCCUCCCCCUCUCCCUCCUCUCCAGGGGGGAAGGGGAGAGCGCGGGGGAGAUUCCAAAGGGCCCUACUGCCACCGGGGCCAGGGGAUGGCGGGAUGA